GGCAGUUUCCGGAAAUGCACGAAAAUGAAACCUUACAACCAGUUUCAACCGGUCACAGUGGGAUAUUUAGUAAAUUUGCGCUUUAGAUCAGAAUACACAAAAGCGACAGCUCUUACCGUUUAUAAAAACUGUUCGAAAACUAAAGAUACUUAAAAAAACAAACAUAUUUAAUACUCACAAAAGAGGUAUAUGUUUGAGGUAUCUUCACCCUGAAUGUCAUUUGCAAGAGUCAAUGGGAUGAGGCAACCUGUGCUACAGUUCACUGGGCAAGUGAAUGGAAACAUGGCAAAUUUGGCGGAACAGAUGGAUCAACUUCUUGAUUUCAAUCAGAAGUUAGACAUAAAUGCCCUGGAUAAUAUAGUAAAUUGCAUGUAUACUGGUGAGGGUGGUCAGCAAAGAAUGGCCCAGGAAAUUCUUACAAGAUUAAAAGAACACCCUGAUUCAUGGACAAGAGUGGAUACUAUACUAGAGUUUUCAAAAAAUCAGCAGACCAAAUACUAUGCUCUACAGAUUUUGGAAAAUGUCAUAAAAACAAGAUGGAAAGUUCUUCCUCGAAAUCAGUGUGAAGGUAUAAAGAAAUAUAUUGUAGGGUUAGUUAUCAAAACUUCUUCUGAUCCAGAUAUUCUUGAAAGAGAAAAGGUAUACCUGAACAAACUGAACAUGAUUUUAGUCCAGAUCCUAAAAAGGGAAUGGCCAAAAAACUGGCCAUCUUUUAUUAGUGAUAUCGUUGGUGCAAGCAAAACAAAUGAAAGUUUGUGUCAGAAUAACAUGGCCAUUCUAAAACUUCUGAGUGAAGAGGUUUUUGAUUUUUCAAGUGGACAGAUGACUCAGACUAAAGCUAAACAUUUAAAAGAUACUAUGUGCAGUGAGUUUUCCCAAAUCUUUCAACUUUGCCAGUUUGUUAUGGAAAAUUCACAAAAUGCAUUGCUGGUAAAUUCAACUUUGGAAACAUUGUUAAGGUUUUUAAAUUGGAUCCCUCUUGGUUAUAUCUUUGAAACGAAGUUGAUCAGUACGCUAGUGUACAAAUUUUUGAAUGUCCCAAUGUUCAGAAAUGUCACUUUGAAGUGUCUGACAGAGAUUGCUGGUGUUAAUGCUUCCCACUACUCAGAAAUGUUUGUUCUAUUAUUCACACAGACUAUGGCUCAACUUGAACAGAUGCUUCCUCCAGCCACAAAUAUUAAAGAGGCUUACUCUAAUGGGCAAGAUGAAGAGCAGAAAUUUAUUCAAAAUCUCAGUCUUUUCCUCUGUACGUACUUGAAAGAACAUGGCAACUUGAUAGAGAAGCGUACUGAACUUAAUGAGACUCUUUUGGCAGCUCUACAUUACUUACUGUUGAUAUCUGAAGUUGAAGAGGUUGAGAUCUUUAAAAUCUGUCUGGAGUACUGGAAUUCUCUAGCAGCUGAUUUGUACAGAGAAAAUCCCUUUAGUGGAGUUGGUACAUCACCUGUUAUCCUUCCUCGUGGACCUGGUGCUCUUGUGCCUCCAAGAAGACAGCUGUACCAACCUGUGCUAACUAAAUUGAGAUACAUCAUGAUUGGGAGAAUGGCAAAACCAGAAGAGGUGCUAGUUGUGGAGAAUGAGCAGGGGGAGGUAGUGAGAGAGUUUAUGAAAGAUACAGACUCUAUACAGCUUUACAAAAAUAUGAGGGAAACUCUAGUUUACCUGACACAUUUGGAUUAUGGCGACACUGAACGGAUCAUGACAGAAAAACUUCGGAAUCAAGUUAAUGGAACAGAGUGGUCCUGGAAGAACUUAAAUACGCUGUGCUGGGCCAUUGGAUCAAUCAGUGGAGCUAUGUAUGAAGAUGAUGAAAAACGAUUUCUUGUGACAGUCAUUAAAGACUUGUUGAGUCUCUGUGAGUUAAAAAAAGGAAAAGACAACAAGGCAAUUAUUGCUUCCAAUAUCAUGUAUGUCGUGGGACAGUAUCCAAGGUUCCUGAGGGCACACUGGAAAUUCUUGAAAACUGUUGUGAAUAAACUAUUUGAAUUUAUGCAUGAAACCCAUGAUGGAGUACAAGAUAUGGCAUGUGACACGUUUAUUAAAAUAGCCCAGAAAUGCAAACGCCAUUUUGUGCAAGUUCAAGUUGGAGAGGUAAUGCCAUUCAUUGAAGAGAUUUUAAACAACAUUAACAGCAUCAUCUGUGAUCUUCAACCUCAGCAAGUCCACACCUUCUAUGAAGCUGUGGGGUCAAUGAUUAGCGCACAAACAGAUCAGGUGGUUCAAGAACAUCUCAUAGAAAAGUACAUGUUUCUUCCAAGUCAAGUCUGGGAUGACAUAAUCAACCAAGCAACAAAGAAUGUUGAUGUACUGAAAGAUCCUGAGGCUGUUAAGCAACUUGGUAAUAUUUUAAAAACCAAUGUUCGAGCAUGUAAAUCAAUUGGUCAUCCCUAUGUCAGUCAGUUGGGAAGAAUAUACUUAGACAUGUUGAAUGUUUAUAAAGUGAUGAGUGAAAACAUCACUGCAGCGAUUUCUCUGAAUGGAGAAGUUGUCACUAAACAGCCUCUCAUCAGAAGUAUGCGAACUGUAAAGAAAGAAGCAUUAAAGCUUAUAUCUGGGUGGGUUAGUCGGUCAACAGACUCACACAUGGUACUGGAAAAUUUUAUACCUCCUCUUUUGGAUGCCGUGUUACUGGAUUAUCAGCGGUGCAGUGUCCCAUCAGCUAGGGAACCUGAAGUCCUGUCCACCAUGGCUACUAUUGUUAACAGGCUAGAGGGAAAUAUCACAUCUGAAAUCCCAAAGAUAUUUGAUGCUGUGUUUGAAUGUACUUUGGAAAUGAUCAAUAAAGACUUUGAAGAAUUUCCAGAACAUAGAACCAACUUUUUCCUACUUCUUCAGGCUGUUGUUUCUCAUUGUUUCCCAGCUCUAUUGACCAUCCCCCCUGCACAGUUCAAGUUGGUUCUAGAUUCAGUUAUCUGGGCAUUUAAACAUACCAUGAGAAAUGUGGCUGACACAGGUCUCCACAUCUUAUAUCAGCUAUUACAGAAUGUCAGUCAGGAAGAAGCAGCAGCUCAGAGUUUUUAUCAGACAUAUUAUACCGAUGUGUUACAACAUUUGUUCAGUGUUGUAACGGACACUUCGCAUACUGCAGGUUUGACUAUGCAAGCAACUAUUCUGGCCUACAUGUUCACAUUAGUUGAAGUUGGAAAAGUUUCCGUGCCACUGAAUCCCACUGCACAGACUAAUGGUCAAAGUAAUAUCACCUAUGUACAAGAGUUUGUAGCCAAUUUACUUAAGAUGGCCUUCCCUCAUCUUUCACAAAACCAGAUAAAAAUAACUGUUCAGGGUUUCUUGAACCUCGACCAGGACAUUCCUGCAUUCAAAGAACACUUAAGAGACUUCUUGGUUCAGAUUAGGGAGUUUGCGGGAGAAGACGACAGUGAUCUGUUUUUAGAAGAAAGAGAAGCAGCUCUUCGACAAGCUGAGGAAGAGAAGAGAAAAAUCCAGUUAUCAGUACCAGGAAUCCUUAAUCCCCAUGAGAUUCCUGAGGAGAUGCAGGAUUGAAAUUAAGAAACUGCACCAAUUACACACACACACACACACUCUGUGUAAUGGCAUUUUUUCAUCAUUUCAUUGAUAAUUGUAUGGAAGAUUCCCCCUAAGUUAUGUCUGCAAGUUUUAUAUUGGCCUUUGUCCUAAGUGGAACCUUAUUUUGAGUGAAUGACUAUUUUUGAACAUGAAUUUAGUGUUUUCACUUUAGUUGAUGCAACAAAAACAAAUCUUGGGGUGCUUCAAUCUGAGGUUAUAAAAGUUCAGUGUGGAAGUUGUUACAUUUGAAUGUGUAUUAACACCCUUUUCUUUUUGUACAUAAACCUCAUUAAUUUGUGGCAUUGUCUUUCAUGGGAAACAUAUAACUUGUCCCCUUUUUUUUUAAAGGGCUUCAGUCCUAGUUCCAAGUCAAAUUCGCAUCAUCACUUCCAAGAGAUGUGUGUAGUGUGUUUGGUGAUUGUUUCUCUUUGUGCAGAGUGUGUCAUGUUGGAGCAGAAAUGAUGGCAUCUUUAAGAUAGUUUCUGAAAUAAAAGACCAUUAGUAACAACAUGUUUUGGUCUGGUAUGUCUGUUAAUAAUGUAUGAAAAUUUGUGUAUGGUAUUGAAGUGUUUGAAUCCUCCACUCAAGUAUAAAUAAACAAUCUUCUUGAAAUUUACGUUUGUUGUUUUGCUUAUUUUUUUUAGAAAAGGUUUUUUGUGUCAGUUUCUAAACUUGCAGUUACUGAGGCGUGGAUGUUAUAGAAAAUGAGUGAAAUCACAGUAAAAUUGAAAGAAUUAGAAUGUAAUAACAUAAAAAAAAUGGUUCGUCUUUAGAAGUUGUAAGUUGUAAUUUGAAAAACAAAAGUGAGUGUAGUGACAGUUUAGUGUAUGUGAUUUUUAGGUACACAAAAUUAAAAAAUAAAUAUGUAUUGAGAAAGAAAUAUUGGACAACUGUCUUAAGUUGCCUUGGAGGGGGGAGGACUAGAAGGAUGUUUAUAUAGAAAUAAUAAGGUUGUAAUCCAGCUUCAUCAGUGUGGAAACCAGGAUUUUAACACUGUUUACUUCACAUUAUUAUGCUUUAGUUUUUGAAUCAGGACCACUUUGUGUGUAUAAAAAAACUGAGUCACUGUCAUUUCUGUUUGAUUUUUUUUUUUUUUCAAGAGUGUAUAAAAGGACAAAAUAUAUCAAUUAUGAAUUAACCAACUUUAACCUUAUAACUUUAUUUUUAUGGGAGGAGGGAUAUUCAGUUUAAAAAUUUAAUGCUGCUUCACUUGGAAGCUCCACUUUGAUAUCCAUCAUUAUGGACUCUUUUAAAUGUGCUGUGUAAUUGAUUUAAUUUUGAAUUACCUGACUGAAAAUGAAACAUAUAUGUAUGACUGUUUAACAUAGUGUAUCUGUAGUUAGAAUGUUUUUUUUUCUUCUGUCAAUUAGCUAUCAGUUGUUAAGGAUGUUUAAUAGGAACAAGGUGACUUGUGUUUGUAAAUUAGUCAUUUUCGAAAUAAAGAAAGUUCAUGAGUUUA